AUGGAUUAUGAAACGGUCUCCCUACAAUUUGGGCUUAUCCCAAAAAAUCGGCGACCUAUCUUUCAUCUCUCGCCCCUUGUUCAACAAUUUUUAUUUCCAUCGAGUUACCAGCAACUGAUCACAUCGACCACCCUGAACUGGCUUCCCCGUUCUCACUAUGAUUCCUCGAGGGAAAUAGUCAUCGGCGGCUUUGAGAUCGAAGAAUCGGAAGACGACUCGUACAACAACCAAGCGGAGAAAUCGGAGAGAAAGAGGCCCCUGUACGUAUGCAGGGUACUGCACUCGACUGUCUGGGUGGCUGGCACCCAGAGGGGUGACGAGCAACGAUGCACCGUGACAAUUCACAAAACCGUGCAGUCGUACGACAAAUACGAGCUGCUAGAGAACAUAGACAAUGCGGCUCGCGUCAACUGGGAGUACUGGGACAAAUACAAGAACACGCCGUUCGGCGCCGUGGCCACGGAGAAAGAGAAGAUGUUCGUCGCGCGUCACGCCGCAGAAACUGACAAAAAUACGUCGUCGCCGAGAUACACCCAUUACAUCGGCACCUUGACUGCCUCAGACAUUCAGGGGAGUAUCAGCUACGUCAGAGACGAUGGCACCGAAGGAACCGCAAAGAAAGGCGACGUUCUAGUCGAGACGGAACCGAUCUACUACGAUUUGACAAGAGUUAAAUUGAAUUGGCCUAAAAAGCGUGUGAUUAAACGUACGCCCAUUAUCCUUGGCAAAACGACAUUUGCCAAUAAGGGGCCGGAAGCUGCGAACAUGGCGCAAGCUUUUACCUACCAGUACAAGUAUUCCAUGUACUGGGGUCAAGGCCACGCCAUUCUUAAAGGCCUAAACACAUCAAUUACAUUGACGAAUGGCACGGCUUUACCAAAAAUAAUGUGGGGCACAAAGGAAACUAACAAUCGUACCGACGUAUACUCGUGA